AUGACAACAAAAAAAAUACAUAUUAACAUCCUUCAUACUACAAAUGAAUUACCAACAUAAAGGAAAUUAGAAACUGACAAAUAUACGAAAUAGAGAUAUCAUAGUUAACGAAUUCGAGUAUCUGCUUUCGAUGAUUAUGGAAAUCCAAAGAAAAAAGAUUGGAAAGAUUUUUAUGAAAAACAAUUGUCAGAAAUUAAAUCUCUAUAUCCAAAUGCAACUCAUAAUGAAUUAACUUCGAUAAUUUCUAAAAAAUGGAAAAAAGCAAAAAAGAAUUUGAAAUAUUUUGAUUAAUUAGCAUAAAAAAUAAAAAAAGAACCUAUUAAGAAUAAUAGUGAAUCAAUACUUAAUUCUGAUAAUAAUUUAGAAAAUUUAUAGUUAAGCAAAGAAUCAGAUUAAAUUAUAGAGAAACUAAGAUCAAGUUCAAUCAAGUUGAUACUUAAUAAUUUGGUACAUGAAAUAAAAGGAGAAACUAUAUUAGAUGCUAUAAAUUAAAAUAGAUUAAUAAUAUAUCUCAAUCAUCCAAAAGAAAUUCAAAAUACAAAACAGGAGGACACUUAUAACUGUAUGCAAUAAACAGAAGAUGAUUAAAUAUAGGAUAAAGAACAAGAUAAAGGCAAUGAUGACAAUUUUUAAAUCGUUAAUAGUAUUAAGGAUUAUUUAUGA